AUGACGGGAGAAGCCGAACGAUUUGAUGAAACAGGGGGAUAUAGUCAUACUUUACUUGAUAAUAAUCAAGUAUUCGAAAAAUCACUAGAAACUUAUGGUGGUAAUUAUGCUCGAGGUCAACGAGAAUAUUCUACUGGUGUACAUCGCAUUCGUUUCCAACUUGAACCAGUCUCUUUUGAUCAGCAAGCCAACAAAAUUCUGAUUGGCAUCAUUUCAUCAAGUAUAACUGCCAGGGAUCAAUAUUUUAAUCGAACACCUUCGACAUAUGCAUGGGAAACUUCAUCAUAUGAAUGGGAAAACGAAAGUACCAUCGUAUAG